AUGUCAACGACACUCCAGCCCCCAGGUCACCCAAUCGCACUGCGGCCAACCCACCUCCUCGCCUCGAUGCCAGAUCUGCUGACCGACUCAGCGACCACACUUAUUAUCACUCGGGAGAACACGCUAUUUGGGCCGGACUUUUUAGUACACCUGCUGCGGUGGCACAAGUCUCUACACUCGCGACAGGGGCAGUCGCUACUCUUUACCGUAACCAGCAAGUUCUGGCGCAACUCGCAGCGCCGACAAAUCCGAGACGCGUCAGGGCGGCCGCUAUUAGAGCUACGGCGACAGUGGCGGCAGCGGAUCUGGAGUGUUGAGCAGGCCGGAGGCGGUGGGGAGGAGCUUCUAAGCGCAAAGAUAAGCUUUGCGAUUGGGAUGAAGAUCUUGAUACAAGUAACGAACGCACUACUAGCCCCGAGUCAACUAGACGAGUGCAAUCAGCAGCAGCUUGAGCAGCACGCGCAACUCCAAGCCAAUCGACAUGCCGUAGUAAGUCAGAGGCCCGCAAAUCGCUGCCCUCCACCACAGGCGCGACCCCCACCGCCAUAUAGCGCCGUGAUCGCCAAUCACACUAGCGACUACUUCACAAGCAGUAACAACAGCAACACGAGGGGCCUGGCUGAGGACGACAACGGCUUACUAUACUUAAACGAUGACGAUAACACUAGUAUAUUACCGCCAUCUUACGACUCCUCGCAGUACUGCUCGAGCCAUCAAUCUCUACAGGAUUUACUACAGGCAUUAGAGCCGCCACUGGAGCCGGCGCCAUCUUCCUCCUCUACGUUCACGCCAGCGACACAAUACUCGGGAACGGCAGCAAAUAAUCAAGAAGAGCUAGAGGUGCUACAGCUCAGCAACGCGGUGUCGACGGUGAUGAUGGGAGAUCGGACUAUCAUCUGGAUUCGGCGCAAGAAGAUAAUGAAUUAUCAUACCCUAUCGGGGGCUUUGCCGCAGUGGGAGGUGCAGAUUGCGGAGGGCGUGGACUUAUUACUAGCUAGCGAUCUAGCGUUAGUGCAGUGCUAA